AUGCGACACACCAUGUCACUCCUGGCCAUCCUGCUGGCCAGCAUAGCGAUGGGUGCUCCAACCAGUCCUGAUGUCCAGCCCUCCUUUCACUCCAACGGCCCUGACCCUGGCAUGGUCCCCUACAACACCACCAUGCCUGAUGGUACCGUGCAGACUGUCUGGCUCCAUAAGAAUUUCAGCCCUGUCGACCAGUCAUCCGCACCGUCCACAGCGCCCGACCUCGAGCGCCGCAUUGUAUUUCACGGCGGUUCCGACACCAACAAAUGCGGCGAGAGUACCUUUAUAGACAAGACCACCCUAGGUUCGGCCAACCAGAUCGACUGCAGCGCCGUCAUCAACCAGAUGAAGGGUGGCCCGGGCUGGUUCGCCAUCUUCCAGGGUGCUGAUCUUCCCGAUAACAAGGACUGGUGUCGAGUUGCCUACCAUGACACGUGUGUGUUCGGCAUCCACACAACGGAUUUCUUCGGCACGUACAUUGGAACCCAGGACAUCACCGACAUCAUCACUGUUGCCAUGCAGAAGCGCGCAGGCGACCCUCGUGUUCAGUUCGAGGGAGAUAUGCAUUGCGACAACAAUCAGGGCCCUGGAAAGCACUCUAAUGUUCAAUGGGCCAUCUUCAAACCUCUGUAA